AUGGGUCGCGACGUGGAAGAUCCUCGCACCGGACUCACCGGGAAAGAGAGGGCCGCUAUCAAGGCAACGUGGGCCAUAUUCCAGGCGAACCAUUCAGAGCAAGCUGCUGUGGUCUUCGUCGACAUGUUCACCGAAUACCCAGAAUACAAGAUCAUCUUCAAGGAGUUCCGGCACAUGGAUGCAGUUUCCAUGGCGAGUAGCCCCAAGUUGAUCAAACACGCCACCGCUAUAGUGUACACGUUGACCACCUUCAUCGAAACCAUGGACCGUCCUGACGUUAUGACGGACCUGAUAAAGAAAAACGCGUCGGACCACAUAAAUCGCAAAGGGGUGACACCGCUGCAUAUCCGUAACUUCACGAAACUGCUGCGAGAAAGAGUCGAGAAAGUCGCCGCAGAAAAGAUGGACGAAGAUGCGCGAACGGGUUGGGAGAAAUUCGUCACUCUCUUCAUAAACGCGACCGCACAGACGUACGUUGACGCUGGCGUUUGCACUCUGGAUACAGCGUUUACAGGAGUCCUCGACAAGGGCGCAACGGACAGUACUCGUUCCCCAGGUAUAGGGUCGCCUACGAGGUCACCUACGCCUGAACUUGGAUCUCCAUGGUCAGCCCCGUCUGGAGCGACGUCUCCUAGGCAGGGCGUUUCAUCUCAGAAGCGGCCGAAAUCGUCAGCCAAUAAACAACGCAAAAGUUGA